AUGGGAUCCAGAGACAGAACGACGGCGGGACUAGCGACUUCAGGCUCAGAUGUGAGUCUACACGAACGGACGGGCGGAGAGGUGGACGGAACGAGCGAACAGACGAACGAACGAACGGACGGACUAGGACUCGGACACGCCGGUGUACGAGUACUGGGCCAGUUGGAUGGACGGAAGGCGGACAAGGACGAGCAGGAGGCAACGGUCUCCAAGCUUCUUGACGACUGCGACGAGUAG